AUGGUCUGGCUGUGCAGUAGUGUGGCCCCACAGCAGCCUUGUGUCCUCCUGCAAGCACUAGACAGCAAGUGCCUACUCAUCCUUCAACUGCAUUCCACAACCAUUCGUAUGCAACUUGAACCUUCAUCAAUAGGUGAUGAUCAAGUUCUUGAAGGAAUUUGGGCAAGGCUGUCCAAGGUCGCUGUCAAGGGUGCCCAACACAACUCCCAUGAAUCUGAAUAUUUCUUUGCAAUGUUUGUCUACCAGCUUGUCACUAAUUUUCCAAGCAUCCAGAAGGAUGUGUGCAGAAUUAUCCACGAAGAUCCUGCUCUACUAGAUCCAGAUGCGCCUCUCUGUGACCAGAUGAAGGCUUUCUUUCUUCAACCUCUCCAGAAACUCCAAUCCAGAUUGCGUGGGUGUCUGCCCUUGUUGUUUAUCAUCAAUGCUCUUGAUGAAUGCACAUCGGAACCCAAGGUUAAAGAUCUCAUCAUUUCCCUUGCAUGGGCUCUUCAUGAGCCUGAUCUGCCCAUGACCCACAUUCUGCUCACAAGUCGCUCAGAAACAUAUAUCAACAAAGUCUUUCAGAAUAACAAGAUACCCAUGAGAGCAGGUGGCAUCAUUUCAUUGGACAGCGCAGACAUUGACAAUGAUAUCCAUAUCUUCUUGUGGCAUUCCUUCAAAGAGCUGGGAUGUCACCAUCCCAAUUUCCCACAGCCAUCAGAGGUUGACCUUGCAAAGCUGCUUAUGCUCAAGCUCAUGAGCAAGCUGCUACCAGGAAUGGAGGUGUACAAGUUAUACAAUUGCAUCCUCUCCACAUGUGCCAACCCAAAGUGGGCUUACAUGCACUUGUCCAUUGUCACUGCCCUUGUAGACCCUCUUUCCAUCUUGCAAAUCUCAAUACUUCUUGGCCCUGGUUUGGGAAGGGAUGUACAGACAAUGUUGGUACAGCUAUGGUCUGUCAUGGAUAUCCCCACAGACAACACUCUCCCCAUCAAUAUCUAUCACUUGUCCAUUCACAACUAUGUCUCCAACCCCUCAAACUGUGGCCUCCCUCAACAAGCACAGCUCUCUUAG